CUGUUUAAUUUACUACUUGAAAUACUAGUAACUACUGUCCCGAAAGUAUACCCUUGCACUAAUUUUUGGAAAGCGUUAAUCGUUUGUGUCAUAACUUUUAAAGUUUAAUACAAAAAUGGGCAACACACAGACGGGUGAAAAGCCUCACAAAACCGGAAAAUCGCCAGCGAAAGGGAAACAUUUCAUAAGGAACCUAAAUAGAAAGAGUUCCGGAAAGGAGAGCAAGAAGCACGGCCGUAAAAAAAGUAUCGGCAAGCGAGAGAUCGUCGAUAAAACAUCCGAAUCCGAUAACAAUGAAGCGAUCGAGGCGUCGGAUAACGAUACGGUCGAGUGCUCGUUCAAAACGUCGGUUAGGGAGGAGCGUGCGAGCGAGCAGUCAGAGGUAACGGUGAGCAGGUGCGAGCCGCAGCGGCGGUCAGCGACCCGCGACCAGUUGCCCUCCGCCGUCUCUCCCGCCGACCCAUCCUCCUCCGACUCAGUGUUCACGGACCCCUUGACGCCGCUCGCCGUCGAGCUGAACCAGUGCUACUACUCCGCGGAGAGUGACAGCGCGCACGACGAGCCCGACCGCUCUCUGCCGCUCGCGCAGAACGAUGCGUUCGCGCACGUCGCCCUGACGACAAACCGUCCGUGCCCGCCAGUCGUAGAAAUGCCGCACGAUGACACUUUUUCCCCGUCAAAUGAUAUGGAAAAAGAAGUAAAAAGUGACGUAUUCGAUGACACAAGUGAUAGACAUGAGAACGAAAUGGGGGCGAUUAUAUCUAAAUCCCGGGAAGAUUCCCCAGAUCGCAAGGAGCAUGAGUGUAACCAAGAGUUUCUGGAUAACCGGCUCAAGCCGUGUCCGGGACAAACUUCGUUUACUAUCUCCAGACAUCGGAAAGUUGAACUACCACCUGUUGCCGCGGACAGCUCACUCAAUAUCAUGGACAGCGAGGGCGAUCGCCGUCACUCCAGUGUGAGCGACUCCGUCUCCGACUCCAACGUACUGCGCAAAGUGGCGUCGCUGACUCUUGACAAACACACGGAGUCCAGGGUCGCGCGACCGAAGUUCGUGCCAGAGAAGUUGGAUUUUCAGUUGUAUGAAAAAUUCGAAGGGCAGAUGCUUUUAAACUGGUUUCUUUCAUCAAUAUCAGAUGACACCCACUUGAAACAUUCGUUGAGUUGUCAAGAUCUGAAAACACUUGGAGUUCAAUACUGCACUCAUCUAUUGGCAGCUGGGGUGCUACAGCAGAUUUCUGAUAAGGAUGCCCCAACGGAGAAUAUUUUUAAGCCUAACCUAAUGUAUUAUUGGUCUCAUAUGGAGUUGCCAGCUUCCCAACCUGUUACCCCAGGAAAACUAGAUACAUCAUCAUGGCCUCCAGAAAAAGAUAUGUUAACAAAGCAAGAUAAUUACAUUUGUAAUACAGAAUAUGAAGUCACUGAUGAAAUAAGUGAUUUAGUUAAAGCUAAAAUUGUAAUAGCAGAACUAAAAUCUAAAUUGCUAGAGUUAGAGAGUCAAUUGGAAAGGUAUAAAACCAGUAAUCUAUCCAGCUUAAAGAAUAAAAAUUAUCAAAAUUCUUUAAUAUCCACUCCAGAAAAUUUAUCAUACAGUAACAAAAGUGAUUUAGUAAGUAAAGAGGUACAAACAUGCAAUGGUAACGAAAACAAUAGGCUAGCUAAUAUACCUGUGAUACAUACACCUAAGGAUGAUAUUAAAUCAAUAGGAUUAAGUAGAUUAGUUUACAAAAAUGAUUUAGUUGAUAAAGAUAUAGAAGGGAAACCUGAAACCAGAUCUGAAAAAAUAGAAAAUUAUUGUAAAUUAAAUAAAAGUCGGGACUAUAAUAAGUCAUAUCGGAAAGAUGACUUGGCUGAUAAUAUGCCCCAUGAUAAUAAAAUAAAAGGUAGCAGAGGAACUGAAAUUUUAUGUAUGAAUCUUAAAAAUUAUAAUCAACAUGUUUCAUGUCUGAAUGAGCCAAAUAUUGAAUGUGAUAGCUCUUCAGAUUCAUUUUUAAGCACAACUACUGAGAUAUUGAGUGACAAAAGUAGUAAAUCCACAGACAUAUUUGGACAAGAUAAAGAUGUAAAAAAUAUCACAAACUCUAUUAUUUCUUCUGCUUCUGCUCAAGUCCUGUUUAGUAAAAAUGAUAAGAAAGCAUUUACUGCCACUACAAGUCAAUCUUCAACAGAUUUGCCAACUUCCCAAUCAACUAUUGUAGCAGAUACUUCUCUAAAAUUAUCAGCACUUGAAGCAAGUUUACCCAUACUAAGUAGUGAACAGCACUCAGAAAAUGAUAUAUCUAAAGCUCUACUGCCUGGAACAAACAAUCUACAAAGUGAUGGUGCAAUAGAACAUAGAACAGAUAUUUCAAGCCAAGAUUCAGAGUUAUUGGCACAUAAAAUACAGUCUUCAUAUUCAAUAAAACAAUCACAAAGAAAUUUACAAGUAGAAGAAUCUUGUGUGGCGUCAUUAGACUCAACUCAAGAAAAGACACGCUCUUCCUUUGUGCCUGAAAACAAACAUGAUCAACCUUCCAUGCCCAUUACAGAAACUCUAGGUCCUCCACCGCCCUCAAUGCCAGAUUUAAAUUCUGCUCCACCUGCAAUGCUAGACAUGCGCCCCCCACCCCCUCCAAUGCCUGACAUAGCACACUCACCUUCUCCAAUUUGUCCUCCACCACCUCCAAUGCCAGACUUGGGCCCUCCACCACCACCAAUGCCAGACUUGGGCUCCCCACCACAUCCAAUGCCAGGCGUAGGUCCACCACCACCUCCAAUGCCAAGCAUGGGUCCUCCACCUCCUCCAAUGCCAAGCAUGGGUCCUCCACCUCCUCCAAUGCCAGGCAUGGGUCCUCCACCUCCUCCAAUGCCAGGCAUGGGUCCUCCACCACCUCCAAUACCAGGAAUGGGUCCUCCACCACCUCCAAUGCCAGGAAUGGGUCCUCCACCACCUCCAAUGCCAGGAAUGGGUCCUCCACCACCUCCAAUGCCAGGAAUGGGUCCUCCACCACCUCCAAUGUCGGGAAUGGGUCCUCCACCACCUCCAAUGCCGGGAAUGGGUCCGCCGCCUCCUCCAUUACCAGGCAUGGGUCCUCCACCACCACUAAUGUCUGGUAUAGGACCACCUCCUCCUCCUAUACCGGGAGCUCCCGCCCCACCACCGUUAACAACUAGUAACACUGGACCUGCACCGUUUCCAGCACCUCCAGUUGGCGGAUGGAAUGUGCAAAGAGCUACUCUACGAAAACCUCCAAUAAAGCCAUCGGCACCAAUGAGACCUCUGUACUGGACUCGAAUUUUAGCAGCACCGCUACCUCCUACCUGUCAAGGUGAAGCUGAAUCGUCAAAAUUAAAACCACUGUGGUUGGAAAUCGAAGAAGCCAGUAUCGACAACAUCGACGAGUUCACAGAGAUGUUCUCGCGGCAAGUGGUUAAAGCGCCGGUCAAGAAAAAGAUUGAAGUGAAGACUAAAAUUCAGCCAGUUAAAAUAUUAGAUAGCAAACGAUUUCAAAACGUUGGUAUACUCGCCCAAAGUUUACAUGUUGAGUUUUCGGAGAUCGAAAACGCGAUAUACAACUUCGAUACAUCGGUUGUCAGUUUAGAAGCCUUGCAACAAAUUUAUGAAUUGCGAGCUACUCCAGAAGAACUAAUGUUAAUAAAGGACCAUUUAGCCAACAAACCUGACAUACCAUUAGACAAGCCAGAAACAUUUUUACAUGAAUUAUCUGGAAUCCACCAUUUUGCGGAGAGGAUAUCCUGUUUUACAUUCCAAGCGGAGUUCGAUGAUUCAGUUAAUACAAUAAUGCACAAAUUAGAUAACUUGAAACACACGUGUGAGUUCCUUAUAACUAAUGAAUCUCUGAAGCAUUUAUUUUCAAUUAUUUUGGCGAUCGGCAACUACAUGAACGGUGGGAACGGGCAGAGAGGACAAGCCGAUGGAUUCGGUCUGGAAAUACUUUCGAAACUAAAAGACGUUAAGUCGAAGCAGGCGAACGUGACGCUGCUGCACUUCAUAGUGCGUGCGUACAUGAAGUCGCGCGGCGGUGCGCUGUCAGGCUCCUGCGACCUGCCCGUGCCGGAGCCCGGCGACGUGUUCCGAGCCGCCGCCAUCGACUUCGCGGACGUAGCGGCGAGCCUCGGCACUCUGAGGACCAAUCUCGACGAAUGCAGAAAUAAAAUGGAGAAGGUGCUCGAAGAUGAUGCCUCGUUCAAAGGCGAUGAGAAUGCAUGUGGUGAAAAUACCAAAAGACUUGAUGUAUUCAAAGACAAGAUGACAACAUUCCUUAAUGCAGCUGAAGAAAAACUGAAGACUGAAAAUGAAAAUAUGUGCGAAUGUCGUAACAAAUUCAUUGCCACUGUAAAAUUUUAUCAAUAUUCUCCAAAAAAUGGGAAAAUUGAAGAUUGUGAGCCCAAGGAAUUCUUCUCAUUGUGGACUUCAUUUUGUACAGACUUCAAGGACAUAUUCAAAAAGGAGGAACAAAAUGCUAUAAAAGAAAAACUUAAAGAAACAAAAAAGCUUCAAUGUGAAAGGAAAGCGAAUACUCAACCUAAAAGAGAAGGUGGACUUAAAGCGCGCUUACAGAAAUUGUCGAGUGCUAGAAAAUAAUUUCAAGUACUUACAGAAGUAUAAUGCAAUAUCUAUCUUGAUUAUACUGUAGACUUUUCGACAAUACUUACGAAAGUGUAUACAUAUUGUAAUAGAAUAUAUUUGUUAUUAUAUUGUACAAAUUGUGUUAAAUCUGCUCGGCAUUAAAAGUGUAAUUCCAGUGUGUGUAAAAGUGUCAAUGUUUCAAUAAUGGUAGGCGUCCACUGAUCGCACGUAUCGGACGCGUUGCAUUACGUAUUUUUAAUUUUACAGUAGAUUUUUACGAUCUAUAUGUUGCGAAUCUGUCCCAGACCAAUUACAAAUGGACCAAUAUUACACCCAAAUUCACUAACAAUAUAAUUAUCUAUAAUUGUUUGAGGCGGUCAAGGUAAACUAAUACAUCGAAUAUAUUUAACACCAAUAAAUAUAUUGUGUUAUACACUACACCCAUCUAUAAAUUUUAUGACAAAGCAAACCACACACAUGUAAUUUUUACAUAGACUAACAAUCACAUCGCUUUGACUCAUUACACAGAAAAUUUGUUUAAUUGAUUGAUGUUUUGCUGUUCCGUCAGAAGAAUUGAUUAUUUUUAACUAUUUCUUUUAUUACAAAUUUCAUAUAAUUAACUUAAAAAUACUUAGAAAUGUAAAACAUCCUUUAAUCAACUAGAAAAUGUUAACUGACUGACAAAGAAUACUACGGUCCGUUUGAUGCAAUGUCUCCGAUACGUACGACGCGGAUCUCUGGACGCCUACCACAAGGGAACAAAUAAUAAUGUACGAUAAUAUCUUUAGUUUCUUAAUAUACACGUAAAAUUAUUAUUAAUAGAUAGUUUAUGUAUUGUUACUUUAAUUUUUAUACAAUGGCUUAUUCAUUUAUAUUUUGACAACCAAGUUGUUUGCACAGGUUUUGUGCCCACAGAAAGCGAAUGCCAGAUAAAUUAACCUGAAAACUGAGUAUUAAAAAAUUAUGCAUGAUUGCCCGCCGUUACUACAAUCGUGUCAUAAAAAAUAUUUAAAAAGUUGUAGCUAUUUAAAUCUUUGUAAACCUAGAAUAUUUUGUUUAAAACUUUCUACUUUAAUGUUUUGAAAUUUGAAUUGAUCUGAUAUUAUUUUAAGAAUAACAUAUUAUGUGGAAAAUUUAUUUAUCUAAAACAGUAUAUGGACAUAAAAACAUACAGAUUGUGGAAUGUUGAGUAAACAUACUAUGUAUAUUGUAUAGCCAUAAUAUUUGGCACAAAAGUCAAUCAAUAAAUAAUAUAUUUACAACAAACAGAUCCCAUGUUUAACACCAAAAUAUUCAAGUAAUGUAAUCAUAAAAAUAAACUGUUACAAAUAUUUUGCAAUCUGUCCCAUUUACUCGUAAAUUUAUAUUUUAGGAUAAAAUGGCUGUGGAAAAUUUAUAUUAUAAUAUUAAUUCAGCACAAAAUAUGCUACUUAGCCAACAUUCUAUGAUGAAAUUUAUAAAACAUUGCUCAGUAUUGAAUUAUGUAUGGUAUGUAUGGUAUGAUGUAAGACUUAUUUACAUUACUAUACCUGCAGCUCAGAAAAUUAUCACAAAAUGUGGCAAUUUUAGAUUGGCCAGACCACAAUUAUAGAAUAUCUAGGUAUAUAAUUAUUUACUGUUACUAUAGUAGGGGAGCUUGGGAUGUUAAAUUUGCAGUUACUACAACAUCAUUGGAAUCAAUUAGAUUUGGUAGAUUAGAUGAUAGAAAGAAUAAAUGGUUAUAUACUUUUUUCGCUUUCAGCGGUGGGGAGAAAAACUAGCCUUUAAAGACAAUUUUUAUGACUUUGGCUUAUUGAAAUCAUCAAAAAACAUGAGCUAGUCAGGAGAUUAUUUCAUUCAAAAUAAGUAAAAAAUUAACCACGUUUGUGGCUGGAUAACAGAAAUAUAAGGGUUUUAUUUUGUAACUUUGGAAUCCUCCCAUUCUAUUACAUUACGCUCACACCUUUUAGCUAUCAACUCGCCUACCUUAUCUUAAUCUGAUGUGCUGCUUGAGUAUUUCUGAAGUAAGUUUUUUUUUGGUUGCUUAAACAUACCCGCCAGUAUUAUGAGCUCAUACUUAGUGGGGCAACUGAACAAUAUGCAAGGUAUAUUGCCUUAUGUUCAUCUGACACUCUCGAGUAACUGCAAAAAUCUUCUCAUUGGCUCCCCUACUAUAAUACUGUUUGUCUCUCUUAUCAUAGUGGGCUGAUUUGUCACAGAAAAGGUAUUCUAAUAUACAUUGAAAUGGUUGACAUUUGUAACAAUUUGGAUGGUUAGCUAUAUAAUCAUUUAACGUUUGAAAAUAAAAUACAUCGAAAGCAAAAUCAUUCUAUUAUAUUCUUUAAUAUAUUUAAUUGAUUUAGUUGUAUUACAAUAAUAAUAAUCAUUCUUUAAUUGUUAUACAAUUGUGGUCUCUAAUAAUGUACCUGAUUUAUUGUUUUAAUAAAACAGUUAUUUAAAAUACAUCAUGUUAUUGUUUACAAUAAUAAACUAUGUGAAUGGUGCUUUUGUAUAGAUAGUAAAAGAAUACAUUUUUCAAUUGUA